AUGUCAGACAUAAGACAAAGUUGUAAAGGACAUUUGAAUAACUUAAAAACAUGGAGAAAUCAUGUUAGAGUCAGACGUUUAUGCAGAAACUUUGUAUUGCCAAAUAACAAACUACGAGAAUUUAUGAACCGAAUAAGUUCCUGCAUUGACGAUGGUCUUGAUAAAGAAAAACAUUCAAAAGCAACAAUCAAAUGUUGGCAAACAUAUGUGCAAGACAUGCCUACUGGUAAUGAAUGUGGAAAAUACUUAGCUCUAGAUUUGGGUGGUUCAAAUUUCCGUGUACUCAAUCUAGAAUUAGGAGAAAAUAAAUACUUUAAAAUGAAUCAAAAGGUAUAUGAAUGUUCUAAAGAGUUAAUUAAUGGAUCGGGAACAAUAUUGUUUGAUUACAUAGCCAAUUGUUUGAAUGAAUUUGUAAAUACAGAAGGAUUAAAGGACAAUACCAAAUUGCCUUUGGGUUUUACAUUUAGUUUUCCAAUGUCACAGUCAAACAUUAAUCAAGGAAAACUUGUAAGAUGGACAAAAGGUUUUACAUGUGAAGGCGUAGUUGGCCAAGAUGUAGUACAGCUGUUGACAAAUUCAAUAAACAAUAUUCCAGACUUAAAAAUUAACAUUUGUGCAAUUUUAAAUGACACUGUUGGCACUUUAAUGUCCUGUGCUUGGUUAAAUCCAAAAACUAGAAUAGGCUUGAUUAUUGGUACAGGCUGUAACUGUUGUUACUUAGAAAAAGUAAAAAAUAUCCAGCUGUAUAAUGGGGACCAAACAAAAGAUGAAAUGAUUAUUAAUCUUGAGUGGGGUGCAUUUGGAGAUAAUAACGAACUUGAAGAUUUUCAUACUAAAUAUGAUAAAUCUGUUGAUGAAAUUUCUGAAAAUCGUGGCCAACAAAUUUUUGAAAAAAUGAUAUCUGGACGCUACCUGGGAGAAUUGUUAAGAUUAGUAUUAGUAGAAAUGAUUGAAAACGAAUUAAUAUUUGAUGGCAUAAAACCAUCAAUACUUAAUGUUCCUCAAUCAUUAACUAGUGAUGUGAUAUCCCUAAUUGAGAAUGAUCCACCUGGAACUUAUACAGCUACUAGAAAAUUCCUUCAAGGAAUUGGUGUGGUCAAUCCUACAGAUGGUGACUGCAUGAAUAUUAGAUAUGCAGCAGAGUGUAUUUCGAGAAGAUCUGCAUAUUUAGUUGCUGCUGGACUAACAGUCAUAUUGAACAGAAUGAAUGAAAAAGAUGUGAUAAUUGGAGUGGAUGGAUCAGUAUACAGAUAUCAUCCAUUUUAUUAUCAGUUGCUAGUAGACAAGAUUAAUGAGCUAGUUAAUAGUGGUAUAAAAUUUGGUAUUAUGCUUUCUGAAGAUGGAAGUGGAAGAGGUGCAGCUAUCCUAGCAUCUGCGGUUUGUCCACUAUAA